AUGGCGGAUCACAUAGGGACAGGGGAGCCACACACGUGUGCAGACAGAGUGGUGAAAGAAGAGAAGGUGAGAACAGACUUACAGGCCACACCGAUUGCAGGAGCGAGAGACUUAUUUACUGAUGGAUGCUGUUUCAGACAUGAGACAGAUGGUCUCAGGGCAGCGUAUGCAGUAGUGGAAGAAAAGGAUGGACUAUUGGUAACACAGAAAGCAGAGAGACUAGGGGGACAGCAAUCAGCACAAAGAGCAGAAGUGGUGGCAGUAAUUGAGGCCCUCAAGAUAGGGAAAGGACAGGAAGUGAACAUUUACACAGACUCAGCAUAUGCAGUAGGAGCAGUGCAUGUUGAAUUAGGGCAAUGGAUGAGAGUUGGAUUUCUGACGGCAGGUAACAAACCCAUUAGACAUGAGACUGAGAUGAAAGAACUAGCAGAAGCAUUACUACUACCAAAGAGAGUAGCAGUCAUAAAAUGUAAAGGACAUGACACAGGGACAGACAAAGUGACAAAGGGAAACAACGCAGCCGACCAAGCAGCGAAACAGACGGCAGGGUACCUAGACAGAAUGAUACUCAUGUGUUCAGAGACCGAAAUGCAACCUACAAUGACUAUGGACGGACUGAUCCAGUUACAAAACAAAGCGUCUCCACAAGAGAAAACUCUGUGGAAAGCAAGGGGAGCCACUGAGACGGACGGACUUUGGAGAGGACCUGAUGGUAGGCCUAUCCUACCCCCAGGACUAAGACAAACAGCAAUGGAAGAGGCACAUGGGGUAGGACAUGUAGGGGUAGCACAAAUGCUAAGAAAUCUUGACCAUUGGUGGCACCCUUUUCUCAAAGACAUGGCUCAGUACCUGACUAAGACAUGUGAACAAUGUACCAAAUUUAACACCAGACCUACCAUCAGACCAGAACCAGGAAGGUAUCCAUUGGAAACAAAACCAGGAAAAGAGAUCAUCAUUGACUACACAGACAUGGUAGAUUCGGUUCGAGGGUACAGGUACGUUUUGAUGUGUGUAGAUGCGUACACAGGGUGGCCAGAAGCCUGGCCUACGAAGAAAGAGGAUGGUAAGUCGGUAAUAAAAUUCCUGGUAAACCACUAUAUACCAAGGUAUGGAUUCCCAGAAAAAGUAAGAUCAGACAACGGGACUCAUUUUAAGAACAAUGACCUCCAACAGGUGGAGGCGAUGUUGGGACUAAAACACUCUUUUGGUACAGUCUAUCAUCCUCAGUCACAGGGCAAAGUUGAAAGAAUGAAUCAAACGGUAAAAAACAAAUUGGCUAAAAUCUGUGCACAGACCAAAAUGAAUUGGCUAGACGCCCUACCGUUAGCCUUAAUGUCAAUAAGAAGUUCAGUCAACCACUCCACAGGGUUCACACCACAUGAGUUACAAACAGGGAGAGCGUUUCCCGGCCCACACUCCAAACUCCCUCUCACCCAAAAUGAUGAUCAAGAUCUAACUUCUAAAGCUUAUUUCCACGAACUGCAGGGUUUGGUGUCUACAUUUUCAAAACAGGUGAAGGACCAGCAGACCGCAGGAAAAGGCACAACACCUCCAGAGGCAGAGUGGGUUCUGCUCCGAGUCAUCAAAAGAAAGUGGUCGGAACCACGCUGGACAGGUCCAUUCCAGGUAACUGAAAGAACAACCCACGCAGUACGCCUGAAAGGAAAAGGAGACACUUGGUUUCAUUGGAGCCAGUGUGCAGCAGCUGAGGAACCACAACGCUCCCUGAUCGACAUUCAGAGAAACCUCCAAGAACAGAACACCGAGUCGGCUGACUCGGAGACAGAUCCUACCGACAAAGGGGCAGAAUAAUCCCCUGGUAGUGAUCCAAGACUCCAGGGAAGUCCACUCCUGGAGUCCGAAGAGAAGAACUCCAUCCGGGAGGAGGUGAAAUAGCGCUCCUCUCCUACAUGUAGCGUGCCAAGCUACCACCUCAAGAAAGAAGACAUCUCCCAGAUGAACCUUAUCAAAUUAACAUUGUGUAUUGCAUGCUGGUUUAUUUUUCUUGUCAUUUUUGCAUGGGCCUUGUGUAAACUAGCUAUCACAGGGACAACGCGCUUUUAAAGAGUACAAGAACGCAAAACCAUGUUCAUGUACCGUUUAAAUACGAGGCCUUAUUCAUAUUUUCACUAGUAAUCAUUGAGGGAGUAAUUCUAUGGUUCUACUGCGAUCUCCCCACUCAGAGUUGUAAUAUAUAACAUAGCCACGGAACCCGAGGAGCUCGAACACUAUCAGCUCGAAAAUCUAGAAGCAUACUUCUAUGGUAAUGUUGAACUCUGAAGAGAGUUCAAAAGGGGGAAUUGUGGAUAAAAUAUAUUCAUGUGUUCAUAGUUUAUAGAAGUAUGCAACAUAUAUAAUCAUGUUUUAAAAAGAUCAUAAGAGAUGUGCUAAAACAUAUAACCAGCUUGAACAUAAAAUGC